UUAAGGCUUUUCUUUAAUCCUACACUUAUGGAUUCUUCUUUUUCUUCUUUGUGCUCUUGUUGUUUUCCCUUCAUUCCUCCCUUCUUGGCUGUAUCUGUGCCCCUCCUUCAAUCCCCUCCCUUCUUGCUCUUACUUUCUCUCUCCAGCUCCUGAUGGCAUGCUGGGUUUGGGAUCGCAAUUGGUAGAUGUUUCACAUUGCUUGACACGAAAACACAUGCUUAGAAAAAAAAACAGCAUCAUCCAUAGUGCAAAACGAAGAGGAAUCCUAGGAAACCCUUUCCACUUUACAAGCAGAUGGCCUGGAUAUGCAGUCACCAUGGAACCCCUGUGCCAAUAGUAAGUUUAGGUUUACUAGUACUGAUGUGGGCAACAUGGGCUGAACCAUACAGGACCACUUACACUGAGACAGAUGGCAAUCCAUAUGACCCCAAAGAUCACCAACAAAACACAGACCACCAUGAAGACACCAGAGACAGCAGAAGAACCGAAUGCCGUAGAUGUUGUGACCCAGGAGAGGAGCCUGUUCCGUAUAGCAACGCUUACCCACAAUACCAAGUGGUUCCACAGAUAAACAUGACCAUCCUCAAAGGAGAAAAGGGAGAAAGUGGCCAGCGUGGACCCUAUGGCAAAGUAGGCAAGACAGGGCAGGUAGGCCCUAGAGGAGCCACUGGCUUAAAGGGCUCUAAAGGCAGUAUAGGAACUUCAGGAGAACCCUGUAAAUCCUACUAUUCUGCCUUCUCAGUAGGUCGGAAAAAAGCCCUGCAUAGCAAUGACUACUACCAGACGAUGGUGUUUGACACAGAGUUAGUCAACCUGUACGGCCAUUUCAACAUGUUUACCGGCAAAUUCUUUUGCUAUGUGCCAGGAAUUUACUUCUUCAGCCUCAACGUGCAUACGUGGAACCAGAAAGAGACAUACCUGCACGUGAUGAAAAACGAGCAGGAGAUGGCCAUCCUGUAUGCACAGCCCAGUGAUCGCUCUAUCAUGCAGAGCCAGAGCCUGAUGCUGGAGCUGGAGAGAGAUGACGAGGUGUGGGUUCGCCUUUAUAAAGGCGAGAGAGAGAAUGCCAUCUUCAGUGAUGAUUUUGAUACCUACAUCACGUUCAGUGGCUACCUCAUCAAAGCCAAGAGUGAAGGGUAGCAGACUUCAGUGAUGUACAAGCAAGUGGAAAAUACAUACCUUUUGUAUAGAACCAUGGAAACAUCUUAAUGUUUUUUUAUAUUGGAUAUUUUUUUUAAUCAAAAAAGUCGUUCUAUUUAAUCUAAAUAUAAAGUAUACACACACAGGGGAAUAUCAGGGGUGUUGGGAACAUAAUGCUAACCCAAGGACAAAAAUAAAGUGUAGCUUAUGACCUCCAUUACUCAAUUAUUAAUCAAAUAUUUAUAUUAUAUAUUGAUUAUAUAUUUAUAAUCAAAUAUUCAUAGCUAAGCUAUAAAAAGAAUGAUUUUAUUGUGGGGUUGUUUCACAGGUCAACACAGCACAUGUCUACCUGUCUAUUGUGGGUUUGGUGCUUCACCUUGCACAAGCCUAUGGAAUAUGCUGCAAACGGUGCUCUGAAUAAGUACGAUACAGUUCGAUGCUACUGUUGAACAAGCACGUUAUCUUGAAUAUUAUUAUUAUUACUUAAAUAUUAUUAUACUGUGUAUACAUACAUACAUACAUAUAUAUAUAUAUAUAUAUAUAUAUAUAUAUAUAUAUAUAUAUAUAUAUAUAUAUAUAUAUAUAUAUAUAUUACCUUAUGGUGAAAUGAUUUCUUUAUGGUUUGUUUCUUAAAGGCUUGUCAAAUCCCUCUUGAAAAUUCAACUCCGAAAGAUUACAGAACUAACGUCUCCCUGCACUUUACAGGAAAUACUUAAUAAAAGAGAAAGUGGAAGCCUCGGGAGAAGGCAUUUUUAUUGUCAACAGCUGUAAAUGUUCUCUUUUUCAGUGACAUUAAUGGAAAGUGACUCCAUUAGCUACAGGCCAGUUAUUUAAACAUCGCUCGGACUUUCCAAAUAUUCAAAAUAACUAUGCAUAUAGUAAACUUAAAACAAUAAAAAGUAAUAAAAAGCAGCUGUAAUUGUAAUAACACUUUGUGUCUAUACUGAUGUUGUAUGUAGGGGUGUCUUUAUUUUCACUGGCAUGGACAAACUAUGAAAAGUGGCCAAGUACACUUGACCCAGAGAAAUGUUUCCUGGCUGAAGUGUUUGUAGAUAUAAUAGGGUACAAAUGCUUCACACCCUGUCUGCUUACAGCUAAACGAAACCAGUAGCACUCUCAACAGCAAUUUCUUUACACACUUAGAUGAGAUGCAGACAUUUGCCUUUGACUUUAAGUGCUGUAAGUACAGUACGGUAGCUUUAAUCCUGCUAUUAUCAUCGACAGAUUUAUAACACUCAUUAACGGCCAUUGUCAAUGUGUGUGUGUGUGUGUGUGUGUGUGUGUGUGUGUGUGUGUGUGCGUGCGUGUGUGCACGUGUGGUGCUCUCACUUUCAGUUUUAUUACAGUCAUUAAGACAUAUAUUAUGAUAAUGCAUCACAGCUAUGCACAUAACACAUGACGAGUUUAAUAGCAUGUGGGUAAACAAAGCAGUGAUGCAGUCCAGAUGUCAAUGUCUUUGAUGCUGAUUCUUGCAUUCACAGGAUUGUAGAAAAUAAAAUAAAAUCAAUCAAACUACACUAAAGACACAAAAACAAACAAGCAGUAAACAUAUUUAUUUAGUUGAAAUUAUAUUUCUAAAAAUAUAAUGUCAGCCUUUGUCACCCUCUUGUGGUUACUGAACUGAUGACAAGACAUUUAAAAAAAAUGGCUCAGUGUAAUAGUGAAACUUGAUUAGCGCUAUGCUUCACUAUGAUGAUUGCUGUGACAGUGAGUCUCAGAUGUUCUAUCAGGCUAUUCAUUUUACUCCUUGUUCACAAUAACUAUAAUCAAGUACCCUUUUAAUAAAAUGAAUGUUUAAUAAUG